AUGUCAAAAUCUCAGAAGCUCUCCAAGGAGGAUGAAAUGUUACUGCAGGAUUUCUCUGCUGCAGUAACAACAAAAGGUAACCUGAUUUUUUAUGGUAAUGCAGCAGUAGUCACGCUUGGUCCUUUAUAUCUUUUCUAUGGAAUUCAUCAAAUGGAGGUUUCUGAUUCUUGGAUAGUUUGGCUUGUUGCUGCUGUAACGGCAGCAUAUCUCAUUACUUUCGCUUACAAGCAAAUUAAGCAUCAGCUGAAACAUAAAGUGGUUGUAAAAAGAAGCGAAGCUAUUACACGAGAAAUGAACAGAAAACUGGCUGAUGACAAAAAGAUGUCUAAAAAGGAGAAAGAUGAAAGGAUUCUGUGGAAGAAAAAUGAGGUUGGCGACUAUGAAGCUACAACAAUGGCGAUACUUUAUAAUAACGUACUAUUCAUAGCUUUACUUUUGAUGUUGUCAUUCUUUAUUUUUGCAUCGUUUUCUCCAGUGUUCAACUGCCUUUUUUCGAUGAUCGGAGCAUCCGGCUUGGUAGCUUUAUUCUCUACUGCAAAGUAG